CAAUCUCCAAGCUUUCUUCCUGAUUCGUUUUACACUAUCCUGUUUUUUAAUCCAUAUCAUAGCCCUAACCAAUGUGCUAAGUGAAACCCCAAUAUGAAGCCAAUCCCUAAUGGCCUUCCAUACUUGUUGUGUUUUGUUGCAGGAAGCCUUCCCCUGAAUGUCAACUAUGUUGUAAAUGAGAACCGGGGAAGGAUGUACUCAUGCCAAAUAAACUUCAUCCAAUCUUUGUUGUUUGAUUUGGCACACAUUACAGACCCAUUUAACCCACAAGGGAUUGACGAAUCGAAUCCAACAACGUGGACGGGUCUCAAUUCGGUUUCUUCUUCCAUCGCAGCACGCAUCGACACUAGCGAACAAUCACGGACGGCGACGCGAGGUGAAUCGACUUUGGCGAUGAAAUCCGAGUGAUUUCCCUUAGAAUUACAAAGAAUCGAGGUGGUCGUGGAAGGCUGGUUUUGGAAUCCAUUCCGGAAAGCAGCAUGACAGAGGAGAUAUACGGAUGCAGAGAUUUAAUAAAGUUGAUGUUAGAUU